AUGCUGGCCAUUGAAGAUCCUUUGGACGCAUGUGAGUGACGACUGACAGUUGCAGCUCGAGCAUGCAUUGCGAAGACACUGAAAGGCGCUAGUCUGCUACCUGGUUGCAUCGUAAGCAAAUGAUAUUUCGCGCGGCACAUUUCAGAUUCAGGCGGUCCGGCUAGCCAUGAAGGGCGCAUUUGAUAUUCUGUCGGGUGCCCUUUGUCAGCGCGCCAACGUCAUGUCGGAUCCAAACGCCCAGGAUGGAGCACAGCAUGCUCCUGUUGACGACGAGGAUGACGAAGCUAGAGCUGCUCUGAUGCAGAACGCAGCGGUGGGGGCACCGGUCAGCCAUCCCCACAGUCUUCUGGGGACCAUUUUUGGCAUUUCGCAUGAAACUACUAGGGCAAGAGAAAAGGUCAGUGGUGACGAAGGGGCACACCGCAACCGGAAAUGCGGUUAGAUCGUUUUAUCAGUUGACCAACCCUUCUUUGCCCUGA